AUGGCUUUAGUUGCAAAUACUGGUACGCAACUUAUAUCUUUAUUUGAUGGCAAUGCUCAAGCUAAGGCAACGGAAAUUUACACACGUAUUCCUGGUACGUUAAUUAAAUUUUUAGAAAAAAAAGAAAUAAUAAAAAAAGUUAAUUUUCGUCGGGAUUUUGCUGCCAAUCAAAAAUCUAUGGGAACUGAAAAAAAUAUCGACUUUAAUGAAUUUACUAAAUGUUUACGAGAUUCAAUUAAAGAAGGUUUUACAGUGUCAAAUGUAACUGAAGUACAACCAGAAAAUCUUAGUGAUGAUAUUACCAAAGAAUUUCGUAGACAAGCAACAAAACGGGCUAAGCCAGGCGAAAAAUUAACAACAAUUAUUCGAUUUAAUGCAGAAUAUGACAAAAAAGGUGUACCAUAUUGGACAAGGGUUAAUGCAUAUGUUUAUAUACAUAUAGUUGAAGAGUGUGAAGACAAUUGGCUUGCAACGAAUCAAUAUAAAUUUGGUUACGAUUUAACAAUUGAAUUGAAUGGAAUAUCAGUUGAUUCGGACAAAGCAAUCAAGUUAAGUGAAUUAAUUGCUAAAAGUGAUGUUUCUGCUGCAAUUGCAGCGAUUGAAUCUCAAUGUGCAUUAACAUGGGACGAUUUGUAG